AUGGAUAUGUAUGACGAAAUGUACGAAAUAAAAAAUGGACGAGAAAUCGACGAUAGUCCACCACCCGAUAUGGAUGUUUCCGGAUCGUUGCAGUUUGUCAAUCAGGAGGUAGAUGAGGAGGACGAGAAUCCAGCUGCCGUACAAAGGCUACAGCACAAGGAUAGCUUCAAUGAUAGCCAGCCAAUUACUAUGAUCGACGAAAAGAGCAGACUUACCCGUGCGACUGAGCAAACCCAGAAGCGAAAACUACGUAAGAACGAUUCUCUCACCGACAGUAGUGGCAGUGUCUCCGACGACGAGAAAGAACCCAUAAAAAAACUGGUCGAAGAAAAGGAAUUCAAUCCGAAGCUUUACGAAAACAUCGAUGCACCGGCAGAGGUGAAGGAUUUGUUUCAGUAUAUUGCGCGCUACACGCCACAACGCAUAUCGAUCGAUUAUAAGCUGAAGAUUUUUAUACCUGAGUUCAUACCGGCCGUCGGGGAUAUAGAUGCGUUUUUGAAAGUGUGUCCACCUGGUCCCGUCGAUGAAAACAAUACCAAGAAGCUCAACAACCAUAUUCAAAACCUGGGACUUAUGAUUCUAGACGAACCCUGCGGUGACCAGAGCGACAGCGUUCUCUUACAAAUGAAGUUGCGAUCGAUUUUCACCAAACCGAUAGAGACACCUUCGGCGAUCGUGCGCAGUGCUCGAGAUAUCGAUCGCUGGAUCACAGAAAUACAAGCUCUUAGGGCCAGUCAAUCGGUGCAGGUCCCCAAUGCACAGCAACAUCCACACAUUAACAUCGACAAUCUGAUGUCAGAGUGGCCAGAAGAAGUGGAACGAACACUGGACGCGCUAGGCUUUCCGUCGGCCAAACUAGACUGUAGCUUGGCCAAAUACAUUAAGAUUAUUUGCAACAUUUUCGAUAUUCCUCUGCCGGCCGCGGAGUGCCAGGCUGACUACAUCUACGCGUUGUACAACUUGUUCAAUCUUUUCCUUGCCAUCAAGCAACAGCAGUAA